AUGCGUAUCCUUAGUGUACGAAGUAUUGCAUCCCCGUCAGCGCCCACGGCCGAGAGGGACAGCCGACGUCGCCCGACCAUUACGCAACUCCCCUGGGCACAGCAAAGAUUGAGACCGACGAGUCUCGUAAAAGCCUCACCUACACUGACAAUGCACAUGGACGGCGGCUUGUCGUCCGAGAGGCAUCUCUCCUCUUCGUUGCAUACGCAGUAUACACCAGCCAACCCUGAACAGAGCUGGGACGAAAUUGUCGGAUUGGCCCAACAAACGGCUGGAACGCUGCACUUCUGCGGCAUUGCGGCGUAUAGCCUCUACCAAUGGGUUUGUUUAGUCAAGGCGAGGAUCCCCAUUGUGAGCGAAGCGCGUAGACCCGGGAUCUCCCUCCCCCCGAAUCUUGCAGACACUCAAGAGACCGACUUGGACUGUGUUGUUGGACGAAUAGUCAAGUGGAAGCCAAACUCUCGACUCUCACCGGAAAACGCUAACAUUGACGACGGUGCAUUGAUGAGUGUUGACCAUGUGUUGCCCCUGUCCGCCAUCACUGCCGGACGUCCACGGUGGGACGGACUCUGGUGGUUGUUGGUCGGAACGGUCAGCUCUCAGGUCGACGGCCAGGGGAACGAGUCACUAGCCAUCCGUACACGGUAUUCGUACAGCACCAAGCUGGCAAGCAGCAGCCCGGGCACUCAUGGAGGGCGGGAAGGCAAGGUGGUGUGGAGAAAACGUAGGCUCACCGUUCCUGUGCUGUGCCGUGCUGUGCUGUAUGUACCGUACAAAGUCUACCACAGCCGUUGCUGGCAAGCAAACUCGUCAGACGGUGUUGAGGUGCGGACGAUGUGCAAGAUGGGGAGACCCAGGCCCUUGCCCGCCCUCGUCAAUAUUGAAUACUUGCUUUUUGGGUGGUUACUUCUGCAAAGAAGCAAGUCCCUUUUCAAGGUCCUCCCAUCGGCCUUGCUGUCAACUUUGGCCCUGUUCGUCCUCUGCCGGGGCUUGUUGCUCCUUCGAGGCCGUGCCAGGUGGAUCAUUGGCCAAAUCUCGGUGAUGCGACGCUACGGGCAAUUUUGCGCCGUUCAACCCCUGCAGACCCUUGCCGGGGGAGGUCACUGGGCAAGACCGGGGGGCGCUCCUCCUUCCCAGAUUCCUUCUCCAGGCUUUUCCAGGUGGACAGUCACGCAGUGGGCACUUUCUCUGGGCCACUGGCAACUUGCAAAGACUGGGCAGGUGCGUGGUCACUGGUGGGCAACUGCCAAUGCGGGCUAUUCCCUCCCUGGUCUCACCUUUCCAAGGCGCGUUCCCUUCCGUGGCCUUGCACAAACCUGCACCAAUGCAUGCACACAUCGGCCCUCCAGCUGUCCAACGAGCACAAACACACCAGAGUCAGAGCUCAGAACCACCAACGGCGCAGAUCCAUCAUCCCCCUCCAAUUCUUUGCACAAACAUGGAUCCGUGGGGCUAGCUGACGAGAUGGACAAUGUGUCCUGGAAGAACCCCAACCCGGACGAAAUGAUAAUCGGAGGCAAUCUGCAUUUACAACAUCCUCUUGUGGAAAUCCCUCGUCAACCUCCGCCCUGCAACGCUCCAACGCUAGCAGCCCACGUCUUCGACGCUUUCGACCUGUCUCCUUGGCCGGGACUGCCGCCCGCCACCUGCAGUCAAGAAUCAAUAAUGCUGUACAAAGUAGCCCUCACCAGAGUCACCACUCGCGUAGCGUCCAAUACUCCGGUUCGCAUGGCACCUUUCGACAAUCUGGACCACUACCAUCGUACAGAGAGUAAACUCGACUCUCUCAUCGCUCUCGACGUUUCAUCAGAGUCGAAUGCCAAUGAUACAACCGCCAUACCACACGCUUUCAAGUUCCAACAAGCGGCGGUUGUUGGCCCAACACCCGCUUAUUCGAGGUACCACUCGCCAACAGGGCUACCGUUGGAGCGUCCUGAUCUCGUCCCUUUCCCGUCGGCGCCAUCCCUGCUCGACUUCCACCUUCCCCAUGCGAUAGUGUGGAUGGCUGAGAACACGCGCCCAAUGGGAGCCGACGCCGGUGUCGUUAGCUUGUCUCGAAUGUCCCACGAGAUUUGGAGCUCUAGCGAGACGACGAUGCACAACGACCCAGGCUCUGGGAAAAUCAACACCAUCAACACUGAGUCUCGAUUUCAUGGCACGAGGGCGCAGCUGCGCAGGGCUGGCGGAAACCUGCUAACUGGGUGUUAUUGUCUCAGUACCGGCAAACCGGCCGCCGUCAAUAUCUCUGCGACUCGUCAAGUGGGGUUGGUCUCCGCCGAUCAGCCAGUCACCCAAAGCUUUGAUCAGAACGCACUGGGGGGGCACGCAAGCCCAGCGAAUGGUCUCGCCCUUUCUGAUUAG